GGGUUGAUACAAAAUUGAAAUUCACUCUUGAACCAUCUCUAGGGCAAAAUGGUUUUCAGCAGUGGCAUGAUGCACUCAAAGCAGUGGCCAGACUGCCGACAGGAAUCCCAAAGGAAUGGCGGAGAAGGGUUUGGCUGACCCUAGCUGAUCAGUACUUACACAGCAUAGCCAUUGACUGGGACAAAACCAUGCGUUUCACAUUCAACGAAAGGAGUAAUCCUGAUGAUGACUCUAUGGGCAUCCAGAUAGUAAAGGACCUUCACCGAACUGGUUGCAGUUCUUACUGUGGCCAGGAGGCAGAGCAAGAUCGAGUGGUACUAAAACGUGUUUUGCUGGCUUAUGCCAGGUGGAAUAAAUCUGUUGGCUAUUGUCAAGGAUUUAACAUACUAGCUGCACUUAUUCUGGAGGUAAUGGAGGGCAAUGAAGGAGAUGCCCUAAAAGUCAUGAUUUACCUAAUUGAUAAGGUGCUUCCUGAUAGCUAUUUUGUCAAUAAUCUCCGUGCUCUCUCUGUGGAUAUGGCUGUUUUCCGGGAUCUUUUACAAAUGAAGCUUCCUGAACUGUCCCAGCACUUAGACACCCUGCAAAAAACUGCUAACAGAGAAAGUGGAGGAGGCUACGAACCGCCACUUACAAAUGUCUUCACAAUGCAAUGGUUUCUGACGCUCUUUGCCACUUGCCUGCCUAACCAUACAGUUCUGAAGAUCUGGGAUUCAGUAUUCUUUGAAGGCUCUGAAAUUAUACUGAGAGUAGCUUUGGCUAUCUGGGCAAAGUUAGGAGAGCAAAUAGAGUGUUGUGAAACUGCAGAUGAGUUUUACAGUACCAUGGGCAAGCUGACCCAGGAGAUGCUCCAAGACAGUCUGAUUGACAGCAAUGAACUUAUGCAGACUGUUUAUACCAUGGCUCAGUUUCCCUUCCCACAACUGGCAGAAUUAAGGGAGAAAUACACAUACAACAUCACUCCUUUCCCUGCAGCAGUGAAAUCAACUUCAUUUUCAGGAAAACUAGGCAGAAACAGAGACAGCGAUGAAGAGAAUGACUUAGAUGAUGAAGACUCAAUUGCCAAUGCAAUUGGCUGUCUUGGACCAUUAAGUGGGUUUUUGGCACCAGAGUUCCAAAAAUACCAAAAGCAGAUGAAAGAAGAUCAGAAUGAAGAACAAAGCCUGGGUUCCAGUAACAUCGCAGAGUUAAGCCCAGGAGCAAUAGACUCUUGCCGAAGCGACUAUCAUGCUGCUUUUAACAGCAUGAUGACGGAGCGCAUGACCACUGAUAUCAAUGCACUGAAGCAGCAAUAUUCCAGGAUAAAGAAGAAGCAGCAACAGCAGGUUCACCACGUGUUUAUCAGAGCAGGACCUGAAGAUGAUGACCCUGGGAUUUUUUUAGGUCCCAGGGACCAGCUGAACAAUGAUAAGGGGCCAGUUACCAGUCUCCUCCCUUCUCAGGUAAACCAUUCCCCGGUGAUAAACCACCUCCUUUUAGGAAAGAAAAUGAAGUUGAGUAACAGGUCUCUCAAAAAUGCUGUUAUCCACAUCCCAAGUCAUUCUACAGGGAAGAUGUCUCCCAUUCCCCAAGAAGAUCUUAAAACAAAACUGAACUCUCCGUGGCGUACUCACAUACGAGUACAUCGGAAGAAUAUUGCUAGGGCCAAAGGCCAGCUAGGCUAUGGGGAUACCAUAGGACUAAUAGAUGAGCAGAGUGAGAGCUGUAAAACAAAUAGUCCUGGUGCAAAGGAGACUUCCAAACAUUCUGACUUUGGAGAAAGAGAAGGAGGUGGUUUGGAUGACAGGACUACUCGGAAAGCUGACCAGCAGUCAUCUGAGCCAGUCUCUACGGACAGCAGUACAAACAUGUCAGUGGUUCAGCUAAAACUGGAAGCACUGGAACUCACCUCAGAUAGCAAAACAAUUACUGAGUCAACAUCCCAUCAGCCCAGCCAGCCAUGUUUAUCAGAGUCCUCCACUUCAUCUGGAGACAAGGGAAACCUGUCUAAAUCUCCCCAGCCUGGGAACCCAAAGCCACAAGUCUUCAAUCCUUUUCCCAGUGUCAAGCCUCUUCGAAAGUCAGCAACAGCCAGGAAUUUAGGGCUGUAUGGCCCCACUGAGAGAACACCAGCUGUACACUUCCCACAAAUGAGCAGAAGUUUCAGUAAGUCUGCCAGUGGCAACAGUGGGACCAGGAAACGGUGAUGUACUACCUAUUUCUGACAGCAACAAAAAAUUUGAAUUGCCUUUUUUUUUUUAAUGUGUGCAUGUGUAUGUGUCCCAAAGCAUUUCUAAUCUUUAAUAGGGACAGAAGUGAUUACCAGAUGUAUAAAUAUUUGUCUUUGUGCUUCUGUGUUGUUAUGGGAUAGAUUAGUGAAGAUGCUCCCUGGUACCUUAUUGUCGAUACUGAUGGCCCUGUGUAAAAUAAAUAUUAAUUUGCUGUGCAAA